AUGAGACUCCAUUUUGGAGAACAGAUGCCAUCAGUCUGUGGUCAACCAGUGAUGUCUUCGCGAAUUGUAGGUGGCCAAGCUUCCAAGCUGGGGGCCUGGCCCUGGCAGGUCAGCAUCCGUUGGAACAGAAGGCAUUUCUGUGGAGGGUCCAUUGUGGCAGAGCAGUGGGUCCUCUCUGCUGCUCACUGCUUCAAAAAGAACCCUGUUUCACAGAUCACCGUGACCGUGGGGGAGUACCAGAUUGGAAACCUCAGCACCAACACCCAGACUAUCCCGGUGGUCCAAGUGAUCCGCAACAUAGAAUUUGCAGGAGCUGCAACAAGGGGUGACAUUGCCCUUUUGAGACUUCAGAGACCUCUGAAAUACACCCCGUACAUUCUCCCUGUGUGUGUGCCACAUCCCUCUGAAGUAUUCUCUGAAGGCAUGCCGUGUUGGGUAACUGGAUGGGGAAACAUCCAAUAUGAAGAGCCACUACCUUCCCCCAAGAUAUUGCGUGAAGUUGAAGUCCUCCUUAUAGAGGUUGACCGAUGCAAUGAGCUGUUCAGUGUGCCUCAACCUGUUUCCAAUGGUUCCAAGCCUAUCUUGGACAGCAUGAUUUGUGCUGGAUACGAACAUGGUGGGAAGGAUGCUUGUCAGGGUGAUUCCGGAGGGCCCUUGGUCUGUGCCAAAAAUGAUUCCUGGUUCCUGGUGGGCAUUGUGAGCUGGGGACAAGGCUGUGCUCUGCCUUAUCGACCUGGCGUCUACACCAGAGUGACAGCAUUUGCGAAUUGGCUGCAACGUUAUGUUCCUGACCUGAAGUUUGGAGUUGUGCCGAUCACCCUCCAAGGAGAAGGGAGCUCUUUCAAGAUGUCGUCUUGCUCUCCUCUCAUUGUCUACCCUAUUUCCCUCCUUCUACCAAUUUUGCAAGUGGAAUUUAUGAGAUGA